AUGCACACUCACGAAUGGCCUCCUCCUUUUUCUGUCUCGAUAUGCACUUUGAACAAGACAUGUGUGCAAGCCAUGUCCGAACGGGACACAAUUGGGGGACUUCUUCGAGCCGCCAAGUGUUGCAUCGGCGAAGAAUUGGGCCUUAUCGGUGAAACCUUGUUCUGUAUCUUCGAUACGCCAGGAUCCGACGCUCUUAUUGCGCAGAAUUCACUUGUUUCCUAG